CCGAGCCGAGCGGACGCCCUCGGGGCCGCGCCGCAGCCCUCUGCGCUCCCCCCUAUCAUGCCCCGGGCCCGGGCUCGGGCCGCCCAAGCAGCCAGGACACCAUGCCCGAGGGCGGCGGAGGCGACAGCGGGGAGGUGCCCGCGUUCAUCCCGGACGGCGAGCCGCUGCGGGAGGAGCAGCGGCCCUUGAAACAGUCCCUGGGAAGCUCCCUGUGCCGAGAGUCGCACUGGAAGUGCCUGCUGCUCACGCUGCUCAUCCAUGCCUGCGGCGCCGUGGUGGCCUGGUGUCGCCUGGCCACGGUGCCACGGCUGGUCCUGGGGCCUGAGGCAGCCCUGGCCCGCGGGGCCGGGGGCCCACCGCCCACCUACCCAGCCAGCCCCUGCUCCGAUGGCUACCUAUACAUCCCGCUGGCCUUUGUCUCCCUCCUCUACCUCCUCUACCUGGCCGAGUGCUGGCACUGCCACGUGCGGGCGUGCCAGGCGCCGCGCACAGACGCCCACACCGUGCUCGCCCUGAUCCACCGGCUGCAGCAGGCGCCGCCCUGCGUCUGGUGGAAGGCCACCAGCUACCACUACGUGCGCCGCACCCGCCAGAUCACCCGCUACCGCAACGGCGACGCCUACACCACCACGCAGGUCUACCACGAGAGGGCCGACAGCCGCACGGCUCGCGGCGAGUUUGACUACUCCGCCCACGGCGUCCGCGACGUCUCCAAGGAGCUCGUGGGCCUGGCUGACCACGCGGCCACGCGGCUGCGCUUCACCAAGUGCUUCAGCUUCGGCAGCGCCGAGGCCGAGGCCUCGUACCUCACCCAGAGGGCCCGCUUCUUCAGUGCCAACGAGGGCCUGGACGACUACCUGGAGGCCCGCGAGGGCAUGCACCUGAAGGACGUGGACUUCCGCGAGUCCCUCAUGGUGUUUGCGGACCCCCGCAGCCCGCCCUGGUACGCGCGCGCCUGGGUCUUCUGGCUGGUGUCGGCGGCCACGCUGUCCUGGCCACUGCGCGUCGUGGCCGCCUACGGCACGGCCCACGUGCACUACCAGGUGGAGAAGCUCUUCGGCGCCAGCUCGCCGCCCCCCGGGGCCGUGCCCAGCGGGCCCCCGCUCUCCCGCGUGGCCACGGUGGACUUCACCGAGCUGGAGUGGCACAUCUGCUCCAACCGGCAGCUGGUGCCCAGCUACUCGGAGGCUGUGGUCAUGGGCGCCGGCUCUGGCGCCUUCCUCCGGGGCUGCCCGCGCUGCCGUCGCUCGCUCAGCAGCAGCUCGCUGCCCCCCGCCCGGCCCAGCGGGCCCCGCCUGCCUUUCAGCCGCAGCCGCCUCUCCCUGGGAGCUGGGGGCCGGGCCACGCCGGGGGUCUUCCGAAGCCUGAGCGGGGGGCCGCUGGGGCGCCGUGGGGAGGACACAGAGCCCCUGGAAAGCCCACCGUGCUACGAGGACGCCCUUUACUUCCCGGUGCUCAUUGUCCAUGGUGAUAGCGGCUGCCAGGGGGACGGGCAGGGUGCCCUCUGAGACCCCCGUGGUCCCUGGAGUGGCCUCCUCCCCACCAUCCCGCCAUGGGCUCCGAUGCCUGAGUAGCUGUUGUCCGAGACAGGAAGGGGAACACAGACCAGCACACGAGGGGUGGGGGUGGGGUAGAGUCCUUGAACAGACUGUAGCGCAGUGACCCAGGGUCAUUUUGGGGGUGAAUGGACACCCCCACUGAAGUGGAGUCUGUGAACUGUCCCAGCAUGACUCCCCUCACCACCACCACCACGUUCCACCCUGUGCAGCGGCUGGUGAUCCAGCUUAGGGCCCUCUCAGGUUGGGCGGGGUCGGGGGGGGGGGGGGAUGUUUCCAGAAAGCCUGGGAUGGGGGAGGAGUCCUGGGGACAGCUGUUGCAUGCAGCCGAGGGCUGCCUCUGGGCUCUUCCCUGCACUGCCGAGGCCACAUUGGGAGCCCUCGGGCAACCCAGAAGCACAAAUUGGUGGUUUGGGGCCAUGCCCGGUUGGUCGGGCUGGCCUCCACGAAGCUGAGGAGCUGGAUGAGGCAGCUCCACAGCCUUGGCCCCACGACCAGCCCCAAGACCCCAUCCUCCUCCCCUGACCUGCCCCUCCCUGCCUGCCCUCUGGUCUCUGCUCAGGGUCUUCCCCGAUCAGACUCUGUGGCACAGCCCCUGUAUUGGGAGCCCGGUUCUUGGAGCACAGCCUUGUCCCCCGUGGCCCCCUGAUUUUCCCUGGUGUACCCUCUCCCACAUCCAGCUCCCCUAUGACCUGGGGUUCCUUUUCAGGGCCCUGCCUUGAUCUUGCAUCUCCUUGUCUCUGCUCCUGUCCCCCCAAAGUCCACCUCCGCCUCUAUCAGCCACGCACACACACCCAGGCUUUGCCCUCUCAUUGCUCCCCCAGACUUCUCUGCUCUUCACCUUCCUGAUGACCCACGGGGCCCAGGGCCACAGGGCAUCCGAGGGACCUCGGCCUUGGCCACAGCCUCUUGGACGAUGCACCCGCUCUGCCAUGGAGGCCCCUGCUUCUCCCAUUGGUGGGGCCUGGCCUAGGGGACACCAUCCCUCCUCCAGGGAGGAGAGAGUAGUCCCUUUCCAACUGGGGUUUCCACCACCUCUCAGGGGCCAGUGGGGGAGGGAGGAAGCAGAGAAGAUGCAGAUAAAAUAAAAGGUAUGAAAUGGAA